AUGAACCGUGAGGACCGGAAUGUGCUCCGAAUGAAAGAAAGAGAAAGGAGAAAUCAAGAAAUCCAGCAGGGAGGAGGAGAAGCCUUUCCAGCUAAUUCCCCUCUUUUCCCCGAGCCCUACAAAGUUGUCAGCAACGACGAUAAACUGUCCAGUCGCAUUCAGAGCAUGCUGGGCAAUUACGACGAGAUGAAAGAGCCCAUCGGUGACACACUUCCAAAGCUUGGGGGCAAACCCUCAAACAGCUCGUCCUCUUCCGAGGAGAAGUCGGGCCCGCCCCUGUUCGUCGGGGACCAGCGCGGCGCCGGUAAUGGUGGCAGCAGCCAGAGCAGCAAGUGGACGCCCGUCGGCCCCGCCCCAGUCGGGCCCUCACCUCAGUCCCAGAAGCGCUCCGGACCACACAACAGCCAGAGAAGCAACGGCGGCAGCAGCAGCAGCGGCCAGAGAAGCGAGGCGCGAGAGAAGAAAUCCAGCAAGCACGGCAGCGGGUCGGAGCACUCGAAGUCGCACACGUCCAGUCCGGCCAAGAGCUCCCUGAGCUCCUCCAACAGCCACUCCCGGAGCUCCCUUUCGGCGGAGCAGCCUAUCGGCAAGGAGCGCUACCGCUCCAAGUCCCCGCGGGACCGGGAGGCCAACUGGGACUCGCCCUCGCGGGUGCACACCUCCUUCCCCAGCGGGCAGCACUCGAGCCAGGCCUUCCCCGCGUCCCUGUCCAAGCCGGGCUCCAUGCUGCAGAAGCCCACGGCUUACGUGCGGCCCAUGGACGGCCAGGAGACGGCGGAACCCAGGAAUUCCCAAGCGGAGAGCUACAGCGGCCAGUCGCACAGCAGCACCAUGGGAGAGGUGAAGUCCAACGGCAAGGCCUCGCUGUCCAAACUCAAGAUCCCGUCCCAGCCUGUAGAAGGAGCGGGUGACGCCAACUGUGUCGAUGAAAUCCUCAAGGAAAUGACUCAGUCAUGGCCUCCUCCACUGACAGCCAUCCACACUCCCUGCAAAACAGAGCCCUCCAAGUUUCCAUUCCCCACAAAGGAUUCUCAUCCUUUUCCAAGUGGACACAAGCGAGGCAGUUCAUCAAAAAGCUCCGGCGGCCACCAGCUCAAGGAUUGCAAUGACCCUCCGACCAUGCUGAAAGAAGACCUGAUGAUCAGCAGCAGUGAGGACAGUGAUGGUGAACAGGAAGCCAAGAAUGCCUCAAGGAACACAUCAGCAAGCAAUAACAGCGAAGCGGCGGAGCAGUCGCGGGAGGACUCGAGCAGCCACAGCGGCUCGGAGAGCAGCUCGGGCUCGGACAGCGAGAGCGAGAGCAGCACCACCGACAGCGAGGCCAACGAGCACCCGCGGCCCGCCUCCCCCAUGCCUGAACAGCCCACGUCCAACAAGUGGCAGCUGGACAACUGGUUCAAGAAGCAAGAGACCAAGCAGCUUUCGCCUGCCUCCCCCGCGGAAAACAACAGCGUGGCCCCCAAGUGCAAGAAAGAGGGCCGGGACAGCAGCCUGGGGCGGGGCUACUCGAGCGCCGGAGGGGGCUCCAAAGACUCGGCGGCCCCGCCCCCGAGCAGGGACCUGCGGGCGCCGCAGAAAGGGGCCGAGGGCGGCCGGGGCCGACAGAAGUCCCCCGCCCAGAGCGACGGCAGCACCAACCCCCGGGUCCGGGUGGACAAAAAGCAGCCCAAAAAAUCCGAGAAGCCCCCCGUGGUGGAGGAGCCCAAGGGGGGCCUGAGAGUGGAGAGCGAGCCCGCUCCGGAACUGCCCCCCCACAGACCCAAAGCCGCCACCAAGGGCUCCCGCAAACCGAGCAUCAAGAAGGAGCCAAAGUCCUCCCCUCGGCCCACCGCCCCCACGGUCACCACCACCACGGACAAACGCAAGACCAAGGCCCCCACGAAGACCCCCCAGUCUCGCGAGUUCGUCGAAACGGACUCCUCGUCGUCGGACUCCGAGGGCAACGACAGCAUCCCGUCCUCCUCCCAGACCCCCAAGUACACGGAGAGCAUCAGGACCCCCGUGUGUGUUCUGUCUCCGAUGGAAGAGAAGGAGCUGUUGUCUCCUCUCAGUGAAUCGGAGGUCCGCUACCCUGCUAGGCAGCCUCCGCAGCAGGUUUUACUAGUCAAAAUAGAUCUCAGCUUGCUGUCUAGGAUCCCAGGACGAUCAUACAAGGAACCCGUAGAGAUCAAAGUGGAGAGGGAAAGCUCUCUAGACCGGGAGAGCAAGUUCACCAAGCAAAUCAAAACCAAGAGGAAGCACAAGAACGACGAGGAAGGGUCAAAAGAGAGUAAGAGAUUCAAGCAAGAGAAUAAGUCGCACCACAAAAGCAGCAGUAAAGAGUCUAAGAGGUCUUUGGAGAAGAAGGAGGAGCCGGUCCCCUCUCCCUCCAUGUCCAGGACGCCAAAGGCUGAGCACCCGAGUCGGAAGAGGACGGUCAGCCAGUCGUCCACCUCGCUAUCCAGCGGGACCGGAUCCGGAAAAGAGAGCAGCCGCAGCACAAAGGGCAGCUCCAGCUCCAAGCGCGGCAAAGCCGAGGACAAGGGAAGCAGCUCACACGACGGCAAGCUUGUGUCCCGCCUGCCUCCUCUGCAGGAGAAAUCCUCAAAGAGCUGCGAUAACCAGCUGGCUGUGCCUCCUCUCCCCACGGACGGCUCCAAAAGAUCCAAGCUGGUGUUUGAGGACAGGGUUCAUUCAGCUGAUCACUACUUGCAGGAAGCCAAGAAGCUAAAGCACAAUGCAGAUGCACUGGUGGACCGUUUCGACAAGGCAGUUUUCUAUUUGGAUGCCGUGGUGUCCUUUAUUGAAUGUGGCAACGCUCUAGAAAAGAGUGCCCAAGAGGCCAAGUCACCCUUCCCCAUGUAUGCCGAAACAGUGGAGCUCAUCAAGUACACUAUGAAGUUAAAAAACUACAUGGCCCCAGACGCUACUUCAGCAGAUAAGAGGCUAGCUGUGCUAUGCCUCCGGUGCCAGUCUCUGCUCUACCUUCGGCUGUUCAAGUUGAGGAAAGACAGUGCUCUGAAAUACUCCAAAACACUCACGGAACACUUAAAGAACUCUCUGAGUAACACCCAGGCUCCCUCUCCUGGAAUGGGAAACAAGGCAGCAGGCAUGCCCUCGCCGGUGUCGCCCAAGCUGUCGCCGGGCACGGCGGGCAGCUACUCCUCAGUGGUCAGCAGCAGCAGCGCCAGCACGUCCGUGACCAUACCUCAACGGAUCCACCAGAUGGCCGCCAGCUACGUCCAGGUCACCUCCAACUUCCUGUACGCCACGGAGAUCUGGGACCAGGCCGAGCAGCUGUCCAAGGAGCAGAAAGACUUUUUCUCAGAGUUGGACAAAGUGAUGGGUCCUCUGAUCUUCAACACCAGCAGCAUGACAGAACUGGUGCGUUACACACGUCAGGGCCUCCACUGGCUGCGUCUGGAUGCUAAAGCUCUUCCCUAGCGAGCGCUCAGCGCUGGCACGCCGCUUCCUCACACAUACACACACACACCCCUGCGCCUGAGCUUUUUGUGCUCAGCAGCCUCUGCUCAAAGACACACACACACCCUCAGAGCGGACAAACACAACUACGUACUGUAUGCAUACACACACACACACACACACACACACACAGUCCACCUCUGGUCCUCCAUGUACGCUAACAUGUGACGAGCUUCUCAGACAUAUCUCCAACACUGUGUCCAUUUCUCUGCACCAGCUUGCCAAAAACAAAAAAAAAAACACUGAGCAACUCAGAACUCCUCACACCGUCGGCGGCACCACACAGGGAAGACUCGGAGUCAGAAGUCCAAACACCAAUCCAGAGCUUAUCGCCUGGCUUCAUAUUACCGGCAUUCUUCUGAAAACCUUGAUGGCCAUGUUUUUAAUCUCUUUGGCAUGUCAGCGCUGGGUGAAUUUGUUGCUAUUGAUACACUAAAACUGGGGUUUUAUUUAUAGGCUACUUUGGCUUUUAACUUUUUAUUUCACCUUGUUUCACCAAAGUACCUCCCAGGAAACACCAAAGGUGCUUUAAAAAUGAAGGUUUCUCUUUAUCAUUUCUGUGCCUUGUAUGUGAGCUACAGGAAGAAGAAGAAAAGAAAGUCUCCAGUAAUAUCUGUUUUUUUUCCUUUAUGUUAUGCCACAGUUAUCAUGUAUACUUUAAUAGUCUCACAGUUAAUGGAAGCUGGCACCAGCUAUAUUUAAGUUGCAGCUUCCAAGUAAACUCAAAGGCAACGUUGGUCGUCCCGGAUGAAACUACCGUGUGCUUUCACCUCUCGUCAAGCUCUAUCGGAACAAGAGGAUCAUCUCAAAGGAUGCCCCCCCCCAAAAAAAAAACUAAAGGAAGGGCUACUGUGCACAGCAGAUUAAUACUUCAGCCACAACUAUUUAUAAGCUUUUUUUUUUUUUUUCAAAGCUAUAAUAAUCACUUUAAUAGUUUUUAACAGAUCAUGGAAUUCUUUUGUUAAAUGUCACAAACCUCCCCUCCUGCUUUUAAAUUAAAAGGUUGAUCAAUUAUUUAAUUAUUUUGGAAUCACUGCGCCCACCGUCGAGAAGCAGGGGCUGUUGGACUCUUGGCCUUAAUGAAAUGAAUCACGUUAACGGUGACCUUUUUCUGGACUUUCAGAGCCUCUGAAAUUCUGCACCUGCAAAAUUAUUUUUGGUCAAUUCAUUUUUUUUUUUUUUUUCAACUUUUUUCCCACUUGUAGCUCCAUCGUUUUUUAAAUUUCCUCAAGCAGGAGUUUUUUCCACUCAGUGUUAGUCUUUUUUUUUUUUUUAGUCCCUUUUUUUUUGUCUUAGAGUAUAUUUUUUCUAAGGAACAGCAGGGACUGUCAUAAGUAUUGAAGAUUGUGUCCACAUAUACAUUGCAGUUAUUUACGUUGCAGUUUCCGGAAACUGGGCCUGAGUUUCAACUGAUUUGGCACAAUCAAUCAAAUUUAUUUGAAAGUGAAAAAAACCCAGAGGUGGUAGAGAGUAGAAGUGUUGCAUUUAUAUGAGAGUUUUAACCUUUGACUGUAUAUCUCAAAUAAGAAAUAUAAUGACCAAUAUAAAUUCUAUUUAUAUACUACGCAGUUUUUCUUUUUUUGUUUUUUCUUAUUUUCUUUAUCUCCUAGCCAAGCAAAUGCAAAAUUUGGAAUUGCAACAGGGGUUCUGAGAACAAGUAUUUGUAGUGUUAUUCUUCCUAUUGAGAUUCUAAAGCUGAAAUCAUGCUUGUUUUACAAGAGAGUAAAUGGUACAGCAGGCGGAGUAGCAUUUACCGAAUGUGUACGCCUGCUUUCUAGAUUUGAUUAUUUGUGAAUUUUUAACUUAAAUGAAUUGUCUUUUCUGAGUAUUCUAAGCCGACAUCUUACUAAAACAUGCUGGAAACGCAAAGCCUGGGCCAAACGGCUUCUGUGUCAACUAACACAGCUGGAUUUGCUUCAAGUGGACAACAAGAUUCCACAAAGUUGAGGGCCUGUCUUUACCUUUGUGGUUCUUGCUUGGAUUUACGACCUUAAAAAAAACAAAUCCAGCGUCGGCCCGGCUUUGCCCAUUUCUCACACUGCGUUUCUUCACUGGCUCCCUGGCCUUGACCGCGAGAGGGGAUACUGUUAUUUUUCUCUUACACUUGAAAAAGAGGAAGUAUUAUUUUUGAUCUAUGCAGGAUUUUUACAGAAUCAAAAACCUCUUUUUUUUCUCUUUCUGUGAAGAAGAAACUUUUUUUUUUUUCUUUUGUCAAAGCUUGGAUUUGUUUUUCUCCAUCUUUCUUUCUCCUUUCUGCCUCAGUGAGAAACCUGUUGAACUCAAGUGUCCAAUGCCUUCAGCUUUUGCAAUUUUGUGUACUGGUUCAGUAUACAAGUGUAUAUAAAUCUUUUUUUUUCUUUUUCUUCUUUUUUUUGUUUUUGUGAUAACAGAUGGCUUUAAGCCAUUUUGUACUUAAAGCUGGAGGCAACUUUUCUCAUAAGAAUUCCUCUUUGGGUUUUGCCAGCCCAGUUCAUGUCUUCAUACACUGGUACACUUUGUAAGUUGAUGUCAGCGCCUUGUGUUCCCUACACACUAUCUUCUAGUCAUAAGUUUAAGAAAAAAAAACAGAAAAAAGAACGAAAAAAAAAUUAGCAUUAGAGUAAUUUUUAACAGUUUGCUACUCACAGUUAUUUAUUUUUCUGCCCCUUUGCUUAAUGUUUUUUUUCUAUUUUGCCUUUUUUAAAGAGCGCCAUUUUAUGAAAUAGGAAGAUGUAAAUGUUCUGGGAUUAUUCAUGAUGAGAUUUCAUUGUAAGUAGUAAUUAAUAUUAAUUCUAACUUGAAAAUAUCCAGGGUAAGAUGAGGUUUUUUUUGACAUUCAGUAGGAAGGUGUUAACACUUGCAUGUUUCUAUUUAAAUACAGUUGUAUAAAUUGUAAAUAUAACAUUUCUUUAAGGGUGAAUUUCUACUACAGGUUGACAUUUUUAUUAAAUUUAAAAAAAGGCUGUAAAUAUAUUGUGAGAUACUUUAUGCACAUUGGUUAUUCUCUGUGGGCUUUUCUCCUCUCUUCCUCCCUCCCCCUCCCAUAUGACGUUACAGAUGUUCCAAGUCUGUUAACCCUGUAAAUCAAGUUGAUUUCCCUGUUCUUUUCUUACGUGCUCGUAUACUUUGUCUCCUUCACUUUUUCUCAUAGUAUCAUGGUCGCCACAUAAUCAUUCAUGUCUCAGAAUCCAAGUGCGAAUAUUUUUGGCCACUCUGUAUUUAAUAUGGAGCGGUGUACUUCAUUAAAUGUAUAUUGUUGAGAUCAUGGGAUGGAUGGAUGGCAUGUACAGUCUGUUGUCUGUUUCUUCCUCAGAGAGAUGUGUAUUUACUAUGUGUCCAUUUUGAGCAGCUGGUCCAACAUGUCUUUUGAAACAGAGGUAUUUCUCCACACUUCAGAACAGUUGUAGCAGUUUAUACAGUAUGUUGUAUAACGGCUUUUUCUAAAAGUUGUCUCCCAAGUGAGACCAGCAGCAUACACUAUGUACAAUAAUCUAAAUUGGACUAGUUUUAAGAGAACCGAUAGAGAUACUAUAUAUGAUGGAUGCAAUAUGACUCAAGGUACUCGUUGGGUUUGAUCUUCAAACUUAGGUGAUGUAAUUUAAAAGCAUUUUUGUGCAGUGAGUAUUAAUUGUGACUAAUGAGUCUGUCCUAAAUAUUCUUUGUAUUUUGCUGUAUUGAGAAUAAAAUAUAUAUGGAAUA